AAAUGAAACAUUUGUAUUCACAACCACUUAAACUUACAAACUUUGGGAAUUCCAAUACAAGAAUCAAGUAAUUCGGUUGGAUACUAUCGUAAUAGUACGGAUUUAGUUGAAAGACCAUGGACAGAGAGAGUAUGCAGCAGCUAUCCCUGCGUCUGUCCAGGGUGCUGGAGGACAUUGGGGUCAGCAGGUACAACCGCACCAGAAGGAGAAGAACAUGGCUGAUGAGGGAGAUACUAGAGAGGAUCUCAAAUGAGUUACAUGGUUUCAACAUCACUCCCUAUAUCUUUGAUAGCCAGACAGAGGGGACCACUACAUGGGGGAUGGAGUCAGAUAUAGACUCAUUCAUGUGUAAUAACUACAUGCCAGUAAUACUUGACUGGAGUGAAUGGAGGCAAGGGAGAGUGAAUCUUCUUGUGGUAAAGACUGAACAAUCUCCACCCCAGCACUGCUGGCUUCAGUAUGUGAGACCUGACCUCCCAUUACCACUGACAGAGGUGAUCAUGACUUAUGACAUGGUGGAAAGUGAGGGCAAAGUGCUGAGGACCAACACUCAAAUUGAGACGCAUGAAGAAAUGAGACAAAUGAGCCAGCCUGGAGAGAUGGUGCAACAUGGUCCGUCAAGAAGCUGGGAUGAAAUGCUUGAUUAUAUAAUUGCAUUUCACUGUACCAGCCUUCCUGAAGAAUGCAAGUUUCUAUUCUGUAGGCCACGCCCUGGUCACUGGCCCAGACCUGACACACUGUCCAUGGCAAGGCAGACUGGAGUGUUCCUGGUGCCACAAGGAUACACUGAGGAUCCUUCAAGACCAGUCAAGUGCCGGUCCACAACAUUUCUUGUGCCUCCACAAAACAUGUACUAUCCUCUACAUAAGUGGGAGUGGAGAUUUUCAACUUCAAUCAUGGAGAGACUUCUUGUAUUUGAUAUGAAUACAAUACAGCAUAAGGUGUAUGUAUUUCUAAAAAUGCUUAGAAAAUCAACAAUAAAGCAUGUCGUUGAUGACCGUUUCAGCACAUUUCACAUGAAGACUGCAAUUCUGUUUACAAUAGAGACAUAUCCACCAAACAUAUGGAGUGAAGACAACCUUGUACAGUGUGUGAUCUACUGUCUGACCACACUUCUCAGAUGGCUGAAGAUCAGGUUGUGUCCACACUACACCAUCUCAGGGGUGAAUCUGUUCACCGGUAAGCUGUUCAAACAUGAACAAUACAAAUUGCAUUCCAUGAUAACAGAAUUUAUAAACAACAGCUUCCAGUGUUUAUAUACAAUUAAAAUGGAUAAUCUUGGGAGAAGAAUGUCAUCUGUUAUUUCAUCCAAAACUAAUGGGGUUGGCACUAGGCGUAAAUACAAUCAAUUCCAAAUGUUUUUUUUGUACCAUGGGUUGGCCACACAGGUAAUCGAUGAACAUGAAAUUUUACUUUUCAACGAGAUAAACAAUUUAGAUAAAUCUAUGACAGAACAUUUGGAGACACUGAAUUUUAAGAAAAACAAUGGAACUGAAAUAGAACAAGAGGCAGCUUCCUUGUUAAUACCAUUAGUGUGUGGAACCCUUGCCUCCAUCCAAGCCUCCAGGUGUAUCUACCAAGAACAACCUAUCACACACAACAUUUUCCAGCUGUACCAACUGUCCUUUGACUCAGAUCUGCUGUCCAGCAGACUGAAGUUUGCCUCCAUGUUGUACUGCAGUGGGCAGUAUGAGGCAGCAGCAAACUGCCUGACCUACUGUGAGGGCCUGCUGGGGCCUGCAGUAUGGCAAUGUUGUGAAUGUAGAGGAAGACAGAAAAGACAACCAAACAAUGAGUUCAUGAAAAAGAUUGUAAGCACACCAUUCAAGGAUAUGUUACAGAAGUAUAAAACCUCACAUGUUAUGUUCACUAAACAUGAAAUCCAUUGUGUUCCACUACAUCUGGUGUAUGAAAUGGUCAGAACAGUAGAAGAUGAAGACAGGCAACAGAGUCAUCCAGCACAUCUUUAUGCAUGGAUGAACCACAUUGUGAUUGACUGUGUCCCAUUUCUCAACUACCUGCAGUACCUCACACACAGGCAAAUGAACCAACGUCAUAGAAAAUUGCGGGCACUGAACAACCUUUAUUUCUACAUAUCUUCAAGUGAAGGUCAUGGUCAUAUAGACACUGCCUGGAACAUGCUGGGCCACUGUUAUGAACUGGAGAACAAGCAGGACCAGGCCUGGUUCUGCUACAACACGUCACUGCAACUCUACCCGAGAAACAAUGCAGCCAACUGGCAUAUGGCUAGGAUCAUGCAUCAACACUUAAAUGGCUGAGGUCAUAAUAAUCUUAUGAAGUUUGGUGCACCAUUCUUGACAAGAUGAUCAUUAUUCCAACUUACAGUUCAGUGCUUCAUGAAUGUUGUUGUACUUUGAUGAAAAUGAUGUGUUUAAUUUCACCGAACCAUGGUAAAAAGUUGUUGCAUGCAGAAAAACACUAAAUAAAAGAUAAUUAAGUUAAUAAUCUUCUUUUAUGCUGUACAUUGUUUACAGAGUUUUAUUAGUGAAAUACAAAAUAUGUUUCAAACACCAAC